UUGACUAUUUCUUCUGGUUUCCUUGGCAGGCCAGGUCACAAUUCUCGAGUGAUGGAACCUUCUGCGCCAGACGAAGCGCCUAGAGAUCCCGGAGCUUUGAUUACCCAUCCUAGUUACACAGACCAGGAUUUCGAGGGUCACAGAGCUCACACUGUAUACGUAGGCUUGCACGUUCCUGGUUAUCGUAGGAGGAGUCAUCAUCGUCGCCAUCAUCGUCAUCAUAAAAAUGGUCAAAAGAAACGAGAAGAUGGGACUACUGCGGAUUACAACAAUGAAUUCCAUAAGCCAGUUACACCACCAGCAGAGCGUGUUCAUUUUAUUCUUGGAGAGGACGAAGAUGGUACACAUGAAGCUCAUCCACUGUUCAGUGAGAUGGAAGAAUUACAUGGAGAUGGAGAUGAUAUGGAGUGGAGAGAAACAGCAAGAUGGAUUAAGUUUGAAGAGGAUGUUGAAGAAGGCGGUAAUCGAUGGUCCAAACCACAUGUUGCUACCAUAUCCUUACAUUCCUUAUUUGAACUCCGAAGUUGUAUUUUAAAUGGCACAGUUAUGUUAGAUAUGGAAGCACAAAAUUUAGAACAAAUUUCUGACCUUGUAUUAGAAAAUAUGGUCAAUUCUGGUCAAUUACAAGCUGACUUUAGGGAUCGGGUCAAGGAGGCUUUGUUAAGAAGGCAUAGACAUCAACAUGAAAGGAGGCAUGAAUGGAGUGAGAAAAGUUCUAGAUUACCACUUAUUCGCUCAUUAGCUGAAAUUGGAAGAAAUUCUAGUAAAAGCAUGUUCGGUUCACAUAAUUUUUUGGACAUAAUUGGUGGUGGGGCAUCACCCCCUACCACACCCAACGCCCCAUCGGCACAAGGGGAAUGGAAACCACACUUCAGCAAGUACCUGGCUCUACCUGGUUCACCUGCUAAUAACAACCAUGAUGUAAUACCAAAAAGUCCAAGUUCUAAUUCUCUUCAGAUGCACGUUCCACAUCCCCAAUUAGCACAAGCAGGUUCAACUCUUGCAGAUUCUUCUGCUGGUAAUACAAGUUCUGCAGAUCUACAACACAGGCUAAAUCAAGGUUUUAUGAGGAAAAUUCCACCCGGUUCAGAGGCUUCUAAUAUAUUAGUUGGGGAAGUAAAUUUUUUAGAUCGUGCAAUAAUAGCCUUUGUACGUCUCAGUCAGGCUUGUCACCUUGGAGAUUUAACAGAAGUUCCAGUUCCUACACGUUUCUUAUUCAUGUUAUUAGGACCUCAGGGGAAUCUUACACGUUAUCAUGAAAUAGGAAGGGCAAUAGCAACAUUAAUGUCUGAUGAAGUUUUUCAUGAUGUAGCAUAUAAAGCAAAAAGUAGACAAGAUUUAUUGGCAGGAGUGGAUGAGUUUUUAGAUGCUGUAACAGUUUUGCCACCUGGUGCUUGGGAUCCAAGUAUUCGUAUUGAACCUCCAAAUCAGUUGCCUUCUCAGGAUGGAAGGAAAAAGAAUGAACCUGAACAUAAAAUAGAUACAGAAGAAGAAGAAGAAAAAGAAAGAGAAGAAAGUGGAUUAAAGAGAACUGGAAGAUUGUUUGGAGGUCUUAUUAAUGAUGUGAAACGUAAAUUACCAUGGUAUUUGAGUGAUUUUAAAGAUGCCUUGGCUCUUCAAUCAGUAGCAUCAGUAUUUUUUCUAUAUUUUGCUUGUCUUACUCCAAUCAUUACUUUUGGUGGAUUAUUAGGUGAAGCAACUAAGAAACGGAUAGCAGCAAUGGAAAGUUUACUAUCAGGUGCAAUAUGUGGUAUUAUUUAUGGUCUUUUUAGUGGACAGCCCUUAACUAUUCUUGGAAGUACGGGACCAGUUUUAGUGUUUGAAACAAUUUUAUUUGAUAUCUGCAAAGAAUAUAAUUUACAAUAUUUAUCACUUCGUUUAUGGAUUGGAAUAUGGACUUCUAUUAUUUUGUUUUUAUUGGUGGCAUUUGAUGCAAGUGCUCUUGUAUGUUAUAUUACUCGAUUUACAGAAGAAAAUUUUGCUACUCUUAUAUCUCUGAUUUUUAUUUACAAAGCUAUCGAAAAGGUACUUCAUAUAGGUGAUAAAUAUCCUAUGGAGAGCUCACUUCCCUUAAUACUAAAUAAUAAUACUAACUGUUUUUGUGAAUUGUCAAAUAAUACAACAACAUUAUCAAUUGGAAAUUAUAAUCUGGUAUCUGCAUUCAAAAAAGAAUGUAUUAAUUUAAAUGGGACAUUAGUGGGUGAUGCAUGUAAAGUACCUGAAUCAGUUCCUAAUGUCUUCCUUUUCUCAAUUAUUUUAUUUGCUUCCACAUUUGUAGUUUCUAUAUGUUUGAAAGAUUUCAGGUUUACUCCCUUUUUUCCAUCUAAGAUUCGUCUUGUCAUCAGUGACUUUUCAGUAGUGAUAGCAAUUUUAUUGAUGACAGUAAUAGAUUUGUGUGUUGGAAUCAAUACACCAAAAUUAGAAGUUCCACAAGAGUUUAAGCCAACAUGGCCAAAAAGAGAUUGGUUAAUACCAUGGUUUGGAACCAAUCCCUGGUGGACAGCAUUAGUUGCAGUAUUGCCUGCUCUUCUAUGUACAAUUUUAAUAUUUAUGGAUCAACAAAUAACUGCUGUAAUAAUAAAUCGAAAAGAAAACAAAUUAAAGAAAGGCUGUGGAUAUCACCUUGAUCUGUUUGUUUUAGCUGUAUUAAUUGCAAUCUGUUCUAUUUUGGGUCUGCCAUGGUUUGUUGCUGCAACUGUCUUAGCUAUGACACAUGUGAAUUCAUUAAGAAUGGAAUCUGAAUGUUCUGCACCUGGUGAAAAACCACAAUUUUUGGGAGUUAGAGAACAGCGUGUUACUCAACUAUGCAUAUUUACUCUUGUAGGUUUAUCAGUAUUUUUUACACCAGUUUUAAAGUUAAUACCAAUGCCAGUUUUAUUUGGUGUAUUUCUUUAUAUGGGCUUUUCAUCACUUAAAGGAUCUCAGUUAUAUGAUCGUAUAUUAAUUUUAUUUAUGCCACAAAAAUACCAACCAGAUCUUACAUUUUUGCGACAUGUACCUACUACUCGAGUUCAUCUGUUUACUUUAGUACAACUGGUUUGUCUUAUUUUACUAUGGGUUAUUAAAUCCUACAAGCCAACUUCAAUUGCCUUUCCACUGAUGCUUGUAGUAAUGAUUGGAGUUCGAAAAUUACUUGACUUUGUAUUUACACAAAGAGAACUAAAACUUCUAGAUGAUGUUAUGCCUGAACACACAAAAAAAAAGAGGGAAGAAGAUAUGCGUAAACACGAAGAAGAGAAAAAGGGUGCUUUUACAGAGCCUCUGGCGAACGCAUUAGAGUUUUCCUGUACUUUUGGGUCUCCAAAUGAGACAUCUUACUGGAAUCAGUAUCAGGGAAUGUUACUACCAAAUGCUAGUUCAGGAAAUGUUGCUAUUCCUCUUGCAAAUGGUAACAUCUUAAAGGUACCCGUGGAAAAAUUUAAAGGAGAAAAUGAAUCCGGUGACCAGUCGGCCAUUAACAUAUCAGAACAACUAGCACAAACUGGACUUUGGCAAAGUAUUGAUCAGCAAGUUCAGAAGACACCACAACUCCAGCCAAAAUCAGUCUUUGUUAAUGCUGUCAGCAGGAAGAAGAAGAGGGGGAGAGCAAAGAAAGAUGCAAAGAAUGAAGAAGAACGUAGACGAUUGUCUACCAUGGCAGAAGAAGAUGAUGAGGAUGACUGUGGAAUAACCAUCAAGAUUGAUGCUCCCACUCCGUGCCCUUCAAACGGUCCCUCCCUGCACAAUUCCCCAACAGAUAAGCACAACGAGACUUCUGUUUGAUCAAUGUAUUAAUUAGAAAAAAAUUAGUUCAAUUCAUAAUAUCUAAAUGAUUAAAAUAGAAUUUGUAUUGCCUUACUUACAUAUCUAUUUAAUCAUUGAAGUGAGUGAGAUGCAGUACAAUUCUGGAAGAGAAAUAAGGUAGCUAUUUGUAAUGACAAUGUGAAGAACAUUUAAUACAUUACCACUAAUUAUAUGAAACAUUCAAACAUAGAAUUAAAUAGAUCUGUAAAUAGCAUCAUCUGAAUGUCAUUAGGAUACAUGAACUUGCAAAAUGGUGAAAAUAUUUGUAUUAGCACAUCGGGAAAACUGCUGUCAAAAGUUGCAUCUUACGAAUUGCAAUUGACAAACUUGAAAAAACCAAAGCUGUCGAUUCAUAUGUUGUCACGAACAUUUUAGUAUUAAUCGGCAAACAGUCGGACAGUGACGAAAAUAAUAAUUUCUGACUGUUAGUGCACCUUGCUUUGGGAGUGACGGUUGGUGAUGGAAGCUAACUGCUUUACAUAAUAGGUUUCUGAUGCCUUUAUUUCAAUUUUUGUUUAUGAAAUAAUUUGUGGGUUACAAUUUAUAAAGAAACUGUAGUAAAACAUUGCUAGUCUCUUAAGUGUUUGUUGGUGUAAUUAGAAACAUCUAUCUAUAUUUGUCACUAUCAAGAAUUACUGGAAAUAGAGAAUUAAAAAGCAAAGUAGUUUGUUGUAUCAAAUAGAUAGAUGCCUUUCUUUUCCUGUGAUGGGUGGUUUCCAGUUUGUUCUGAAAUUAUUUCAGAUAGCUAGAACAUCACCAUUUUAUUUUUAAUCAUGAGGAAGAAGAAUAAAAUGAAAUGUGUAAAUUUUUAAUAUAGUUUAAUUUCAAAAACUUUGGAAAUUAUUCUGUGUGCCUGGCAAUAGAUGAAUCUUUUAUUUCAUUUAAAGUGAUACAUGUAUUCAAGAUAUUGCAAUGCAGGGUUUCCCAAGUUAAAUUCACAGAAUCCUGGGGUCCACAGAAUCUCAAUUUUUAUUCUGCAGACAUUCCAGGAUUCUAAAAAGUAAAAACUAAAGUUCUGUGAGAAAAUUUCCAUAAGUAAAAAAUGAUAAUGUGAUCCUUUUUUUUUUGCAGAAAAAUUUUCUGAAAUUCUGCAAAAAUUUUAUUUAAAUAUAAUGAUCUGUUGCCAAAUUAAAUUGGGAAACACUGCUGUAAUGAGAAGCAAUUGUUUUUUAGGGUACAGAAAGACAAUAUGCAAGAUGUGUAUCAAACUUAAGUUUAUGCAUAUUUAUAGUUCACUCAGGCUUUUUAUUACUUUUUUAAUUUAAAUAUUAAAAUUAGUGGCAGCAUUUCUACAAAACCAGAAUUUAAAUUUGAAUGAUUAUUAGGAGAAGAUAAAGAUAAUGAAAUGCCAAUCAGGAUAUAUCUAAUACACAAUUGCCCUGCCAGAAACGUAUGUUAUAGUUAAAUUUAUUAAAGACGAAUUUUUUUUAAUAUCAUAUUUAAGUACUCGAAUAGUUUGCUUUUAUGAUUCUACUUUAAAUCGGUGAUAUCUUUGACAGUGCCAAAAUUAUCUCGUCCCAGAAAAUCAAAGGAAACUGCAGACACAAUCAUCAGAUCACUGGUAUGCUAUAUGCAUAAAUUUAAAGAAAUCUAUUUCAAUUAUAAUAUAAUGAUUGUAUGUAGGAGAUAGGAGAAAUGUUUUAAUAUUUUCUUUCUUCUUUCAUAAUUUUUGCAAGCAAUAGUCUUCAUAUCAUUCACAAGUAAAAGAUUUUUAGCAAUAAGUCACAAUGAUAGCAGGUAGUUUAUAUGGGUGUAUAAUACUUCUAUGUUAAUCAAAACCAAUGUAAAAAUUAUGUACUUGUACUCUAUUCUAUAUCCAUCUUAACCUAUCUCCCACUGGCAGGGCUGUAAAAAUUUAAAAAAGAAAAAAUUAUUUAUUAAAAAUAUUUAAGUGCUGAUACUGUUUACUGUUUUAUUAUAAUUAAUUUACACUAUCUCUUGUUUUAAAAAAAACUGAUAAACCACAUUUUAAUACACAAUUAGUAUUGUAAUGAACACCGAAUUCAAGAUAAGCACUGCAUAUUUUUAUACAUAAAACCAGAGCCGGCCCUACCAUAGGGUGAACGGAGCAGCCGCUCCAGGCGCUAAGUUCUA